AAGUCAGCUGAUAUAGUUCCUUUAACGACUAGCUGUAGUUAGUCAUGCAUAUAUAUUGGUAAAUUUGUUGUAUAUAUGAAAAAUAUAUAUACUUUUUUUUAAUAUAUAUUUAUUGUAACGGGCCAAUGCAAUUUUAAAUUUACCGCGAAGUGUAUACAGAGAGAGGCUCGCCUGUGACUCUGUCUGUGACUCUCCAUCAGCUAACUGCUAACACCUGUUUUGGUUCUCCACCUGUCAGGCUGAACGACAUGGCGAAUUCAUUUACACUUGGUGCAAGAUUUCAUGACAAGAUAGAAGAGUUAUUGGAGAAGAAAUGCUGUAAAUCAUCAGAUCUCAUUGAGGAACUACAAGCACUUAAAGAGCAGACUGUUAUCUCGUUUAAAACAGCCAGGAAACUGCAGACACUUCUUCAGCAAAAUGGAUAUCCAGUUUACCUUCACGAGCUGCUUGAAGACAGCAUGCUUUAUCUUCCAAAAGUGGAGCCGCCGCCAAGAAACCCUCAGCUAGUGGCUCGUCUGGAGAAGAUUAAAGCAAAACUGGCAAAUGAGGAAUACCAGAGGAUCACGAGGAACGUAAAUCCCCAGGAAAUUAACAAUCAUGGAACCCUGGCAGACUUUGGAAGACAAGUGCGGUCUGUCAAAGCGGUCAUUGUUACUAUCUUCAACUUCUUGGUAACGGUGGUUGCAGCCUUCGCUUGCGCCUACAUUGGCAGUCAGUACAUCUUCACAGAAACUACAGCGAGAGUAAUAUCAGCAGUGAUCGCAGCAUCUGUAGUUGGUCUAGCAGAGCUUUAUGUCUUGGUUCGCACUAUGGAGGGUGACCUGGGAGAGCCGUAACAUUUUUUUUUUCAUCACUCGGAAAUUAUGACUUGUUAUUUCCUGGAUGUUGUCAUGGACCACAUUAGACUCUAUUUACUCCUAAUUUAUCAUCCGGCAAGACGUGGAGAUCUUUAGAAAGAUAUAUUAUAUUUGAAAAAAUAUUAAGUCUGUGGUGGACCUGCGAGUUAAAAUUUUAAUAUACGGAUGUAAUGGAGGUGUUUAAGUGUGGAGAAUUUAUUUGUGUACAUUAAUUAUUAAGAUCUUUUUUUGUUAAUCAAGAUCAUGCAGUUUGAUUUUUUUUAUCCACUAGAUGGCAUGUAACCCCUACAUAAAAUGUCAAUGGACUGUGAUGAUACAGUAUUUUGUAAAGCUGGAACAAGUCCUUGCACAAUAUUUUGUUUAGGAAAAGUACGUUCUGGUUUAAGAACUGUAUAAUGAUCUGUUUGUAGAAUAUAUAUAUAUUUUUUUUUUUCCCCAGAAGAUUUCCUGAAAAUUGACUGUUCACAGUAGAUUCACUGAUCCAUCAUGGGACUUAAAAAUGUUUAACAGUUAAAUGUCUUGUCUUGACUUCUUGGUUGACAUGCACUAUGUUGCGUUAGAGAGAAUGAGAUUUUUUUUUUCUUUCAUAAGGCUGUAGAAAAAGUUUUUCGUACAUUUGC